CAUAGUGUUCCUUUAACCUGGCAAGCAAUUAGACUGCUGUUCUUGGUUAGUUUGUUCGGAGGUCCGAAUCCCAUCCAAGUAAAAUUCCUUUGGAUGUUUCAAUUCACACUCUCGAGGCAUUUACUACGAACUGAGACACAUUGGUGUAUGGGUAAAAUACAUUAUAUUCUUUUUCCACGAUGCUAUUCUUCACCCGGUUUCUAUAAGAAGCAAGGGACGAGAACUAGGAACGAAGAAUAUAGCAGAUUUGACGACAUGUUAAAUAUUUGGUUGCUUAGUGUUGAUUUAGAACUAGAGGAAGUGAGGGCAUACUCCGAAUUCGUCAAUCAUCAUGAUGUGAACUUCCCUGUAAGCGAUGUGACCGCAUUCAAACUUAGUUAUCAUAAUGUUAGACUUUCCCCAUAAUAUCAUAUGUCAGACAAUACAAUGAUGAGGCGAAAGGUAUCACUGGCACACCUUAUGUUGCCAUGGUGAUAUCACAAACUCCACUCAACCAAGAGUUGAUUUUACAAUAUCCGGCCGCUGUGUGGUCGAGCAUUCCCAGUAUAAAAGCAACACCAGCUGAACUCCAGACCAACAGUACACAUCGCAUUGUUUGAGAAUCUGUACUUUGUAUGAUCGUCCGUUUUUCUUUGGUCAUGAAGUUUGAUAUAGCGUUGACCGUUCUGUGCCUCGUAGUUUUAACGAGCACCGAGGCCAGACCUUCUUCUCGGCGGGUGAAUCGGCAAAAGACGUCCCCCGUUGUCGUCUCAGAAACUGUGAACUAUUUAAAGAAGUAUGGAUAUUUGAAUGAAGAUGGAGGGAGUAUCAUCAUCAUCCACGAAGAAGAUCCUCGCUUUGUCGCCGCACUCCAGAGGAUGCAGGGAUUCUUUAAUCUUCCACCAACGGGACAACUCGACCCGAAUACUCUGAAGUUGACCCGCAAGCCUCGCUGUGGAUGCCCUGAUGUUAUUGACACCACAGCACAGGGCCUCGAUGACGCACUGGUACCACAACAGCUUAGUGUUUCAGGGUUGAGCACCAGAUUUCGCUGGUUCCACACUGAUGUCAAUUACACAUUUCUUAAUUACCCAUCUGGUAAAGGUGCUUUAAAGCCCACUACCGUUCGUCAAAUCAUGAGAAAGGCCUUCAAAAAGUGGAGUGACGUCACACCCUUGACAUUUAGUGAGGUGUUAAGUUCCUCCGAUGAUGGGGCUGAUAUUAAGAUCCAGUUUGCCCGUAGGAGGCACAACCAGGAGGAACCCCCCGUGAGGUACUUCGAUGGACCGGGAGGCGAUGUUGCACACGCCUUCCUCCCUAACAGUAACUGGGGAGAUCUGGAUGGUGACAUACAUUUCGAUGAUGAGGAUAUGUUUACCAAAGACGGCACGGAAGGUUUUGCUUUGCUUCUGGUCGCCAUUCAUGAGAUUGGACAUAGCCUUGGACUGAGUCAUUCCUACAUGGAGAAUAGUGUGAUGUGGCCUUACUACAAGAAUGCCCCUACCAAAGGCUAUACACUACCAGAGUUUGACGUACAAAACAUCCAAUCAAUCUAUGGUCUAGGUUACGGCUCUCUGUCUGAAACCGGAAUGGUUGCGAUGAGCAAGCCAGUGGGUCGAGCUGAGCCUAAAGACGGCAGAAAUAAAAAGCAACUGCCUGAUGCUGCCACCGCUGCAAUGUGCCAAGAACCUUACACGGCAUUGUUGAAGAUGGACACGGAGUUGUUUGCCUUCAGAGACAACAUGGUAUGGCGUAUUCGUAUCAAAGAUAGACAAUUGUUGUCACCAGCGAAAGGUGAAUCGGCCAAACGCUAUUGGAAUGCGAUGCCGAGUAAGAUCACCGCCGCGUACCAGCGACAUGAUGGCAAUGUUGUCUUCUUUAAAGGGGACAAAUAUUACGUGUACAAAGGGAAGAAUCGGGAGGGUCGUCCGGGGCAAAUCAGCAGCAUGGGUGUGAAGAGACCAAUGACUGCACUGAGGGCCAGCCACCUAGCACCCAAUAAGGCUUAUCUAUUACGAGGUUCUGAGGUGUGGCUGUACGACGAAGGAGCCGGGACUGUGGAUCAUGGGUACCCCAAGCCAGCCAGCGAGGUUUGGGGAGACCUACCGGCGGGGAUCACAGGAGGCGAGAUGCUGGAUUCCGAAACCACGAUAUUCUUGAAAGGCACCCGAUAUUUUGAAAUGGACAAUAACAACAGAGUGACAUCACCACGUGGGAACCAAUCAAAUCUAUUUAGUGUGCACUUUCUUGGCUGUAAGUAGGGCGAGACCUAAAAAAAUAAAUCUGCUGAGCCUAUUUUUGUCAAAUUAAACCACUGGUAGCAGUAGGGCUAGGAUGAUGCUUGAUUCGAAACUAUUAUUGUCUGGUUAAUUCAACAAAACUUUAAUUUACUACGAUUAAGCAAGACCGCCUUUCUUCUGGUCACGUCAGAAGAGGGCGCUAUACCAAUGUACAGCUUACCCGAGGGUGCACUGUUAUAGCCCCCAUGGUGCACUACACUAUGUGCUUCCAUAGCCAACCGAUGCUAAAGUUAAUGUUUUAAUAAUUACCACCACUCUUUAAAUCUCAACAAAAUAAUUUAACAUUUCCCAGUCACUGGAAAACAAACUAAAUAAUGCUUGUGACAACUGAACU